AUAUUUAUACUUCCUUUCCCGCCAAUUUUAUUGUCGUCUGGGUUUCACAGAGUUUUCGACUAUGGGAAGAGAGAAGGCGGCGAAGGAAGCUCUAAAUCUCCUCCGGGGCAGGCUCUGUGACCCUACGUUCGUAUUCAAGCCUCUUUCCGAUUCUCCAGAGAGCAACUACAGUAAAUUGAAGUUCAUUAUAUCGAGUUCGGUCACUGAUGCAUGCAAUAACUCGAUCCUGCUUCUCGGUCCCCGUGGUUCUGGGAAAAUCGCGGUGUUGGAGCUUGUUCUCAAAGACUUGUUGCUGGAAUAUCCUGAUAUGAUUUCAGUUAUCAGGUUGAGUGGGCUUUUGCACAGUGAUGACAACUGCGCUUUUAAGGAAAUUGCCAGACAGUUAUGUGUAGAGCAUGACCUGUUGUUCUCAAAAAUGGCAUCUUUUGAUGAUAACUCCCAGUUUAUGAUAGCCAUGUUAAGGGAGUGUGGAUUAGCGCAUAAGACAAUUAUUUUUGUCCUGGAUGAGUUUGACCUGUUUGCUCAGGGAAAACAACGAGUACUUUAUAGUCUGCUAGAUGCAAUGCAAUCAAUAACAUCACAAGCUGUUGUCAUUGGUGUGAGUUGCCGACUGGAUGCUGAUCAGCUUUUGGAAAAGAGAGUAAGAUCUCGUUUUUCACAUAGAAAGCUAAUGUUUCUUCCUCCCUCUAAGGAAGACUUGCAGAGAUUAUUGGGGCAUAUUUUAUCAUUACCACUAGACUCGACCCUUCCACGUGACUAUGCUGUUGAAUUUAAUGCUAAACUUCAAAAUAUGUUAGCAGAUGAGAAAUUCAAACAAACUAUUUAUACAUAUAUGAAUUCCGAUGCUACUGUCAACCACUUGCUGAGGUUUCUAUUCCGUGCUGUUUCUUAUAUGGAUUUGGGAUCUGGGUUCCUAGCACUUGAGAAUUUCAAAACUGCACUUCCAAAUAUCCAAAGGCAGCCAAAGCUGGAAUGUAUAACAGAUUGCUCAAUUUUGGAACUUUAUAUCCUGGUAUGCAUGAAGAGGUUGGAAGUUAAAGAGCAAAAUUUAUACAACUUCAACUCUGUAAUGACAGAGUACAAAAGCAUACAUGAUACAUUCCAGACAUCUGAUUAUUAUGCCCGGAAUGUGUGCUUAAGGGCAUUUGAGCACCUUCAACAACGUGAAUUAAUCUGUUUUACAGACAACAGAGGGCAUAACCAAUCUGUGGAAUUUCGUCCAGUGAAGCUUUUAAUCUCAUCGUAUGAACUACAACAGGGGCUGAAAUCAUAUCGUUCCUGUCCCGUCAUUCUUCUGAAGUUAAUGGAUCGAGAAGCUUAAUAUAUAUCGUUGGCUACUUGAUCACUGCCUGUGUGAUGAUGACUAAAGAGAAUGUGGAUCCUACUCGGAGCUCCAUUGCGAAAUGCGUUGUGCGUUGAGAAUGUGGAUUCUACUUGGGGAUCACAGGGACUCUUCUGCUGACCAAGAUGCACAGACAUUUUCCCUGAACUCUAUGCCAAUGUAAUUACUGCUACUAUAUGCGAAUUAAAUUUUCAUACUUUUUCCCGUCCACGAUGUUUCUAACUUGCAUGGCCUGCCUAGUGCCUGCCCGGCCCACCUUCUGUUUUCCUUUUCCCAUCUUUCUCCCUUUUGUAGUCUAAUUUCAUUAUUUUAAUUUAUGUAUUGAAAAAUUUAUUUGUAAGACUAUUUAUUGAUAAACUACAUAGAAG